GCUCAGCUGUGUCGUUUCCACCAAGUGAUCUCAAAAGAUGGCGAGCUCCCAGUGCUGCGAGAACCCGCCCACCCUGAACCCGGCCAGCGGCCAAGGGUGCGUCGUCGACGACCUGGGGGGCCUCAAGGCCUACACCGCCGGCCCAUCAGACUCCAAGCUCGCCAUCCUCCUUAUCGCCGAUGUCUUUGGAUAUGAGGCACCAAACUUGAGGAAACUGGCAGACAAAGUUGCAGCUGCUGGAUUCUUUGUGGUUGUUCCUGAUUUUUUUUACGGAGAUCCAUAUGUACCAGAUCAGAAGCCUAUAAUGACAUGGAUUGAAGGUCAUGGGACGGACAAAGGGUUUGAAGAUGCAAAAUUGGUAAUUGAGGCUUUGAAAAAUAAAGGUGUGUCCGCAAUAGGGGCUGCUGGAUUUUGCUGGGGUGCCAAGGUAGUUGCAGAAUUAGCAAAGUUCGAUUACAUUAAAGCUGCAGUUAUGCUACAUCCCUCAUUUGUGACUGUUGAUGACAUCAAAGAGGUUAAAUGCCAUAUUGCUAUACUUGGAGCUGAGAUUGACAAGAUGUCUCCACCUGAACUGUUGAAACAGUUUGAGGAGAUUUUGUCCGUCAAAUCUGAGGUCAAUAGCUAUGUAAAGAUCUUCCCUGGUGUUGUACAUGGAUGGACUGUGAGAUAUGAUACUAGUGAUGAACCAGCCGUGAAGAAAGCUGAAGAAGCUCAUCGAGACAUGUUUGAGUGGUUUACUAAGCAUCUUAACUAAGAAAUCACACAGUGUGAACAUUCAGUGGCAGAUUAAUAGACCAUUCCUACAUAUUAUGAAAAAGGCUAUGUAUAACUGAGGAUUUGUGUGCUCUUUUAUAUGUUGAGCUCCUAGUCAAUGCAUCCUGAACUUUGUAGUUGGAAUCAAUAAUACCUUUUCUUAAUGCUUAUUUGUAGUUGGACUUAUAAUGAUGUUCUGCAGGAAAAUGAAGCAUGAAUAAGGUUAGAAAUGAAA